AUGACACAAGACGACGAAACACCUAAUUCGAACAAGGACUAUGAUCUAUCGACCCCAAUCUUCUCUACUUCGGGACUUCGACAAGGUCUAACAUCAUACGGCGAUGCGCAUUUCUCCCUAUUUCUCAGAAAAGUCUUCAUCAAAAGCUUGGGGUACUCUGAAGACGCCCUCUCACGGCCGAUCAUUGGCAUUGUGAACACAUUUUCCGGCUUCAACCCGUGUCAUGCAAAUGUACCACAGCUUAUUGAGGCAGCUAAACGUGGUGUGCAGCUCAAUGGGGGGUUAGCCAUCGAAUUUCCCACAAUCAGUGUCCAUGAGUCCUUUUCGUAUCCGACGAGCAUGUUUCUGCGGAACUUAAUGAGUAUGGACACGGAGGAGAUGAUUCGGUCUCAUCCGCUUGAUGCGUGUAUCACGAUUGGUGGAUGCGAUAAGACCGUCCCGGCACAGUUGAUGGGUGGAAUCUCAGCAAACAAGCCAGUCCUGCCUCUCAUCACGGGCCCAAUGUUACCUGGAAGUCAUCGGGGCAAGAGAAUCGGUGCCUGCACUGACUGCCGGAAUAACUGGGCAGCCUUCCGUGCACAAAAAAUAGAUAUCGAAGAGAUCUCAGCUAUCAACGACGAGCUCGCACCGACUAUUGGAACAUGCGGUGUCAUGGGAACCGCCAGCACAAUGGCAUGCGUCACUGCUGCAUUGGGUAUGAUGCCACUUCGAGGCGCAUCAGCCCCUGCGGUGUCGUCUGCAAGGCUCCGGAUUGCUGAAGAGACCGGGGCGAACGCUGUGUCUGUCGCCAAGGUCAAACGAAAGCCACAAGAGAUUAUGACGAAAGCAUCUUUCUUAAAUGCGAUUACCGUCCUGCAGGCAAUAGGAGGGUCGACAAAUGCGGUUGUGCAUUUGAUGGCAAUAGCAAAUCGACAUCCUGCCCUUCAAGGCGUGAUAAAGUUGCAGACGUUUGAGGAAAUUGGACGUAAAACACCCUUGUUGAUUGACUUGAAGCCCAGCGGGGAGAACUAUAUGAAUGAUUUCCACAAUGCAGGAGGCAUGUUGGCACUGCUACUUACCCUUCGUCCACUCCUCGAGCUGUCAGCCAUGACUAUUACGGGCCAAACAUUGGGCGAGGUUCUGGAUGCGUCUACUUUCCGGACAUUUCCUCUUUCGCAGCAGAUCAUCAGACCGUUGAACAAUCCAUUAUACCCAGAUUCUUCCCUUACUGUCCUACGCGGAAAUCUGGCCCCGAAUGGAGCCAUCAUGAAAGCGUCCGCAUCCAAAGAUCGCUCCCUUCUUUCCCACACAGGACCUGCUAUUGUCUUUGAGAACACAGCCGACUUGGCAACAAGAAUCGAUGACCCGGAUCUUCCCGUGACGAAGGACUCUGUGCUCAUCCUGAAAGGAAUAGGUCCGAUCGGAAAUCCUGGAAUGCCCGAAGCAGGACUAAUCCCCAUUCCGCGAAAACUUGCUGAGUCGGGAGUCAAAGACAUGUUACGCCUAUCGGAUGGGCGCAUGUCAGGUACUGCAGGCGGUACGAUUGUCCUUCACAUCUCACCCGAGUCGGCUCUGCCAGAGUCGCCAUUUGGCAUUGUCGAAACAGGGGAUUUGAUCACCUGCGAUCUGGCUGGCAGGCGGCUGCAUCUUGAUAUCUCCGACGAUGUGUUAAAUGCGCGCGUCGAGCAGAGGAAACAGACUCUAGAGGAACAGGGCCUGUUGGCGCAAAGGAAACGGAGACGGGGAUACUUUGGUUUGUAUGAACGGUCGGUAAACCAGGCGCAGGAUGGAGCUGAUUUCAACUUUCUUGCUGCAAAUGGACCGUCAGAUCACUGA